UCGGGGCUGUGCUCAAGGCAAUGCUGCGGUGCUAUUCGCUCCUUCCGCCUCCACGUGAUUGGAGCACAGGGUGUUGAGGUGGUGAGAAUGCGUCGACGCUUUCACCUUGGCGCCUGUAUGCCCUCCUGGCAUCUAUGCUGUUGCUGCUUCUGGAAGUGCGAACCCACUACCUGUCGAUCGGAGGACAACAGUUGUUGCUUUCGUUUCCUCCGGGGCUUCAUGCAGGACAUUGUUUUGGAGACGCCCACAGGCGAAGUAAUUGGUCGAGUUCAAGAGGAGUAA